GCGCGAAGCAUUAGAGAAAGGAAAAGAGGCCGGCAAAAAGGAGAGGCAACUUUGUAGAUUGCGCGAGCAGCAAAACUUGCUGGAUCAGCUCAAUGUGGACCUCACCUAUGCCGUUUGCCUGAACCUGGCCAUCCAGCACCAGGCGAACGACAACGACAACGAGGCGCUGACGAUCUAUACACAGAUCGUCAAGAACAAGCAGUAUCCGUUCAGCGGCCGAUUCCGAGUGAACAUGGGCAACAUCUACUUCAAGCAGGAGAAGUGGACAGCUGCAAUCAAGAUGUACCGGAUGGCUCUAGACCAAAUCCCGAACAACGUGCAG